AUGGCAAGUUCAUCGCCCGACGUGAUAUCUUCUACAGAAGUGUUAGCAUCAAUACCAUCACAAUCACACAUGAAAACAGUUAGUGGAACGUUAAGUCCUGCUCAUAUUGUGACUUCUACCAUUCAAAUGCCAAUUUCAAUGCCCGACGUGAUAUCUUCCACAGAAGUACUAGCAUCAACAUCACUGUCACACAAUGAAACAGCCAGUAGAACCAUAAGUCGUACUCAUGUUCCAGCUUCGAGUUCUCCUAUAUUGAUGGCAUCUUCGCAAGAAUAUUCAAGGAUGAGCAUAAUAUCGUCUUUGGAUUUGUCAUCAUCAACAACAUUAUCACCAUUACUCGUUGGAACCGUAAAUAGAAGUUCCAAUUGGAUUCAACAGACAAGUUCUCCUAUUUUGACAGUAAUUACUUCGAACGACAGUUCGGUGUUGAACAUUAAAUCUUCUGUAGAAUUGUUUUCUUUAAAAACAUCAUCGCAAUCAUACACGGAGACCGCUAGUGCAAACCUAAGUCAGGUCCCUAUUCAACAGUCAUCUUCUCCAAUAAUGUCAGUUAGUUCAAGGAAUCGUUCACUGGUCAACAUACAAUCUUCAACGAAAUUGCUCUUAUCAACAACAGUUUCAGAAAAACCAGCAAGUUGCAGAACGAAUGGCCUUUCUACUCAGUCAGGGCUAGCAUUAACAUCAUCACAAUCAUACAUACAAACAGUCAGUGGAACGUUAAGUCCUGCUCAUAUUGCGACUUCAACCAUUCAAAUGUCAAGUUCAAUGCCCAACGUGAUAUCUUCAAUCGAAGUGUUCGCAACAACAGCACAAUCACACAAUGAAACUUUCAGUAAAACUCUAAGUCGUAUUCAUGUCCCAACUUCCAGUUCUCCUAUAUUGAUGGUAUCUUCGGAAGGAUAUUCAAAGAUGAGCAUAAUAUCGUCUACGAAUUUGUCAUCAUCAACAACAUUAUCACCACUACUCCUAGGAACCGUUAGUGCAAGUUCGAGUCGGAUUCAACAGUCAAGCUCACCUAUGUUGACAGUUACUUCAAACAACAGUUCAUUGUUGAACAUUAAAUCUUCUAUAGAGCUGUUUUCAUCAACAUCAUCACAAUUGUACACGGAAACAGCAAGUACAAACGUAAGUUAUGUCUCUUCUAUUCAACAUUCAUCUUCCCCAAUAAUGUCAGUGAUUUCAAGGAAUAGGUCACUGGUCAACAUACAAUCUUCAGCCAAAUCUUCACCCACGCUCUUAACAACAGUUUUAGAAAGAACAGCUAGUAGCAGAACGAAUCGACUUUCUACUCAGUCGUGGCUAGCAUUAACAUCAUCACAAUCAUACAUAGAAACGGUCAAUAGAACGUUAAGUCGUGCUCAUAAUGCGACUUCUACCAUUCAAAUGGCAAGUUCAUCGCCCGACGUGAUAUCUUCUACAGAAGUGUUAGCAUCAAUAUCAUCACAAUCACGCAUGAAAACAGUUAGUGGAACGUUAAGUCCUGCUCAUAUUGUGACUUCUACCAUUCAAAUGCCAAGUUCAAUGCCCGACGUGAUAUCUUCCACAGCAUCAACAUCACUGUCACACAAUAAAACAGCCAGUAGAACCCUAAGUCGUACUCAUGUUCCAGCUUCGAGUUCUCCUAUAUUGAUGGCAUCUUCGCAAGAAUAUUCAAGGAUGAGCAUAAUAUCGUCUUUAGAUUUGUCAUCAUCAACAACAUUAUCACCAUUACUCGUUGGAACCGUAAAUAGAAGUUCCAGUUGGAUUCAACAGACAAGUUCUCCUAUGUUGACAGUAAUUACUUCGAACGACAGUUCGGUGUUGAACAUUAAAUCUUCUAUAGAAUUGUUUUCCUUAAAAACAUCAUCGCAAUCAUACACGGAGACCGCUAGUGCAAACCUAAGUCAAGUCCCUAUUCAACAGUCAUCUUCACCAAUAAUGUCAGUUAGUUCAAAGAAUCGUUCACUGGACAAUAUACAAUCUUUAACGAAAUUUCUUUCAUCAACAACAGUUUCAGAAUCGUAUAGAGAAACUGAAAGUAGCGGAUGGAAUCGACUUUCUACUCCAUCAUUAAAUACUCCUACACUGACAAUUUCUUUAAAUGAGAGUCAUAAUUCCAGUAUAUCUUCUGCAAAACUGCUACCUUCAACAGCAGCAGUGAAAUCAUACAUGAACACAGUGAGUAGGGCGUUAAAUCUGUCUUCAACUUAUCCCAUUCAAGCGAUAAGUUCACUGUCCGAUGCGAUAUCUUCUACAGAAUUGUUGGCGUCAACAUCACAAUCAUACAUGAAAAAUAUCAGUAAAACCUUAAGUCGUGCUCAUACUCCAACGUCGCCUAUUCAAACAGCAAGUUCGGUUCCCGACAUGACAUCUUCUACCGAAAUGACAGCAUCAGAAACACCGCAAUCAUACGUGGAAACCGUCAGCAGAACCUUAAAUCAUACUCAUACUGCACGUUUUCCCAUUGGAACGGCAAGUUUAGUGUCAAACGUAAUAUCUUCCACAGAAUUGUUACUAUCAACAACAUCAUCACAAUCAUACACGGAAACCGCGAGUGCAAACCUAAGUCAUGCAUCUUCUAUUCAACAGCCAACUAAUUCUCCAAUAAUGUCCAUUACUUCAAGGGAUAGUUCACUGCUCAACAUGCAAUCUUCAACGAAAUUCUUCUCAUCAACAACAAUUUCAGAAUCAAAUAGGGAAACAAUAAGUAGUAGAUUGAAUCGACUUUCUACCACAUCAUUAAAUAUUCCGAUACUAACAAUUUCUUUAAAUGAGAGUCAUAGUUCCAGACUGAGUGUAUCUUCUACAAAAGCGUUACCUUCAGCAACAACACUAAAAUCAAAGAUGGACACAGCGAGUAUAGCCUUAAGUCAGCCUUUAUCUUCUCCCAUGGAAACGGAAAGCUCAGUGCCCGAUGUGAUAUCUUCUACAGAGAUGUUAGCGUCAACAACAUCACAAUCAUACAUGGAAAUUGUCAGCAGAACCUUAAGUCAUACUGCACCUUCUCCCAUCCAAACGGCACGUUCAGUGUCCGACGUGAUAUCCUCCACAGAAGUGCUAGCAUCAACAUUACAAUCAUACGUAGAAACAGUCAAUAGAACCUUAAGUCGUACUCAAACUGCAACUUCUAGUUCUCGUAUAUUGGGCAUAAUAUCAUCUACAGAUUUGUCAUCACCAAGAAUAUCACAACUGUACCUGAGCACAGUUGGUACAAGUUCAAGUCGGUUUCAACAGUCAAGGUCUCCUAUGUUUACGGUUACUUUAAAGGAUAGUUUAGGGUCCAGUAUAAUAUUUUCUACCGACAAGAUGAAAAGAAGCUCAAGUUAUACCCAGACUCUACUUUCUUCUUCACCUAUAUUGACAGUUACAUCGAAGAAAAGUUCAGAAUUCAAUUCACGAACUGCAGAAUUGUUGACAUCAAUUACGGUAUCACACGUUACGACUGGUCAACCGGUUAGUACGAUUGAAAGUAGAACUGAAACGUCGCGGCCCAGUUCUACAAUAUCUAAAAUAACUUCUGCAGGACCUCUUGUGUCUAAUACGGUAUCGUCUGCCGAAUCAAUAAUCCCCUUCACUAUAUCACACACUGUAAUCGGUAGUUCACGUUCGACUGAACUUUCAAUUUCACAGUUAAGUUCCAAACCAAAGAUUAUAACCAGGGCAACUAAAUUAUCCAAGGUACCAUCUUCUUCCCACACAGUCGUUCACACUGCUUCAUCAGCAAUUGGUUCUAAAAUUUCAACGUUAAACAGUGACACACCAUUGACCUCUGCAGUUCCAUAUGUUACACCGUCCUCCAGCAGCAUUAGAACUCCAGUUGAUGAAAAAUUCACAAUUCAAGUUACAUUGUUGAUCCUUCCCAAUGUUGUGCUCAAUAACACAUUCAUACAAAAGUUGACUAGAAACUUAGAAAGACUCUAUGACCUUGGGUUAACAAAGGCUACGUCAUCUCGAAAGCGUCGGGCUAUCAAUGAAAAGAUGUUUCCUCUCAAUUAUUAUGGUCGUAAUCUUCUCCAACUGAUAAACAAAGAUUUUAAUACUCCAAAACAGAUUGCAAAUGGCAGAUUUAGAAGACAAACAGCAAACGAAACAAGAGUAAAGGUAAGAGUUUCCAUCUUCUGAGCAUAAUGUUUACGUGACUAUUUAUUUAAAGAGUAUAAAAAUCCGUAUGGUAUAAUAUUCUAGUAUUUCGCCUGCUUGACAUUUACACCACCCCGCUCGACUCUUUCCGCGCUAGGAUAAACCGAGAUAUAAAAUGCACACGCAUAUGUUAUUUUUGGUGGGAUGGGGAGGGGAGGGGAGGGGGGGGGGUGUAGAUACUUAGGCGGAAAAGUUUUAGUGAUUUAGAAUGUGAAAAAGUUCCAAAAACGUUUUAGCGAAGUUCUUGUGGAGACAAUAUGGAGCUUAAGCAAGCGACGUUUUUGACAGAACGGACGCCAACAGGAAGUCAAUCGAGCCGUUAUAGAUGGCGAAUGAUGGCAGCAGCCGAAAGCAGCUGUAAUUGCUUGAUAUUACGAAAUCAAUGUAACACUAAAUUGACUGCAGUUUAUUAUUUCAUUCAAGAACUGCUACUUCCGGUUGACGUACGUGUUGUUGCUAUCUUAAUUAUAAGCUCUCUAUUGACUAGAGUAAUACGUACACGAAUAAAUUAAUUAUUAGAAAUAUAGAUUAGAAAUCGUACUUGCACAUGCACCGGGCAAGCUGAAAAAAUGCUUGAUCGCGGCAGGAAUCGAACACGUGUUGCUCAGUUUGCUGGUUCAAUUCUCCACAAACUGAGUUACGAGGUCAAGUACGUCUGUUGGAGGUCGAGCGUUGCACCUAGCAACCAACGGUCACGUGUUCGAUUCCCAGCACAGUCAACGUUCUAAAGCCAGUGGAGCAUCGUCAACCUAGAAAUUAUUCGCCUGAUUUCCAAUACAAAAAUCAUUAGAUUUAAAUAAAUCUUUGGUUAAAAGCAAUUUUUUCCAUGUUUCAUUUAGAUUGUUAAUGUAACCCGUGCAACAGCAGGAACUGACAAUGUUCACGUGACGUUUUAUGUAACUAGGGGUAAUUUACUAGUACCGGCGAAACAGGCUGCAAAGGUAAUGAAUGCACCGUCUCCAACUGAAAAAAUCUCAACGUUGGGAUAUGCGGUAAGUAGUCCAUGUCAAUUGUCCAAGCUACUGCGGGUUUGAAUGCUCAGCCGUGCAGUGGUAGGUGAUUUACUAAUUUGACAAAUCGUAUAUGCAGGGCAUUUUUCAACUAUAUAACUACUGCGGGGUUGGUUGCUCCAGUAUAGCGAAGCAAGAUUUUCAGAAAGGCUGGAUCCUUUUCAUCAUUAAUAGAAAUGGUCAUCCUCGUUGGGAAAGCUGUAUCUCACUGCUUUCUCAUAUUCUUUCGCUUUAAUUCGCGGCAUUCCAUCUUAUAAAAUCACUACAGAAUGGUCUUAUUGCAUACUUGACUGCAAGGGGAAAGACCUGUAUUAAUUAAGACUUUGCCCUCGUAGUUGUAAUUUCGUGAAAAGAUGUCCUGCAGAUUCGAGAUCGACAAAGUAGGUUGUUUUAUAUAUUUUACUGACCAUAACCAAGAACGCCCAAGUCCAUCAUGAUUUGUUUCAUGCGUAUAUAAUGAUUAGCCUGCUCGCAGACGAUAUUAGUCGUUAUUUUUCGCGCGUUAGGUUUGAAAAGUUCCUACUGAUCGCGAGUUGCAAAUGUUAUUUGAAAAUAAUGUUGUGACAAUUCGAGUAUUGCAACCACGUACUUGACCACAACACAUGAAAAGGAAAUUGUUUUAUCAAGUUCAAAUUUCCAGGGAAUACGUGUACCAAAAUCUCCCAAACUUUAGCAACCAACACGGCAUCUUAAAGCGAAACUUGCGAAUAAAAGAUUGAGACAAGUUUCCUUUCCGAUAUUAUGUCUAUUCAAAGGACGAAACGUUAGUUCAUGAAUACAUCUUUUAAGAUACCCAAUUACAAGUUGCAUUAAUUGAUGUAGUCACAUCAUUACAGUUGCUAUACUCGAUGUGAACAAGUACUGUGAACUGAGUUCUCCUUCACAACAUUUUAAUAAUAAUUUUGAUAAUAGAUUUGAUGGGUUAAUAGGUUCAGAUUUGAGAUAGAAUAAAUGCAUUUGAUUGGUUAAUGGUUACAGUAGUGGAAGCAGUGGCGCAAGGGAACCUUCUGACGCCCCCAAUUUUUAAGUGUGGCCGGGGGGGAGGGAGAAACAUUAUUUUCGACCAUAUUCCUUAAAAAUGCAGCAAGGUGUUAAAAAAUUGAACUAAAAUUUGAAAACUAUGACUAGUCACAAAAUUUUUCCCUACCAUAUCUACCAAAAAAAGGGGGUCCAAAUUUCACAAUUUCACUAAUUCCCGCUUUUGGGGGCCACUCGUUGCAAAUUUUCUUUUGGGGGCCCUCGCGUCUGGACAACCAAACACCCUCCAGUUACGCCACUGAGUGGAAGUCAGAAUCUGAACCUCAUGACAUCUUUAUUGUUCGUUGUAUUUGUUGCAGGUUUCUGGAAAAUUUUCUGCAGCUAUUUCACAAGAAACAACAGAUAAAAAGAGUAAUGAGACGUUGCUGAUCGUUCUUGCCGUGUGUAUUCCUGUUGUGUUUGUUUUUGGCGCUUGCAUCUUCAUCAAAUGUAAAAAGAAAAACAGAAGGUCUCGAAAGCUGAAG